UGAAGCAGAACUUCACAGCCUCACAGUUCCCACCAUGAAAGCAAUUCUGCCCUGGGUUUUGCUGACUUCUAUUCCAGCCUUAAUAUCUGCUGAUUUCAUCAUAGCAGAUUUAAAGCACCAAAAGAAAAGAAGCGUCGAUGGGCACCCCACUAAACAAGUGAAGGAGCUUGAAAUUUACAGUUUUAAGGUUGAUUGCAAAAUUACAUCUCGAUUCGCUCGCAAUGUGGUGACCAGUCGGGUAGUGAACCGAGCGAAUGAGUCCAAAGAAGCUUUGUUUGAUGUACAGCUGCCCAAAACAGCCUUCAUUGCCAACUUCAGCAUGAUUAUAGAUGGGGUGGUUUACGUUGGAGUUGUGAAGGAGAAAGAAGUGGCUAAGCAGCAGUACCAGCAAGCAGUCGCACGAGGGCAGACAGCAGGUCUUGUGAAAGUAACUGGAAGGAAAAUGGAAAAGUUUAAAGUUUCAGUAAAUAUCGCAGCAGCUAAAAAAGUAACAUUUGAGCUGGUUUAUGAAGAAUUACUCAAGCGUAAACUGGGGAAAUACGAGAUGGUGAUCAGAGUAAAGCCUGAACAGCUUGUCCAGCAUUUCCAGAUUGAUGUCCAUCUGUUUGAACCACAAGGCAUUGCCUUUUUGGAUGUUAAUGCAACAUUUUUAACAAAUGAUUUAAUGCCAAUUGUGAAAAAGACUCUAACAGGAAAAAAGGCUCACAUUUCCUUCACACCAACACUGGAUCAGCAGAGUGCCUGUACCAGUUGCCAGAACACUGGCUUGGAUGGAGAUUUUAUUAUGACUUAUGAUGUGGACCGAGACCUGUCGGCUGGGAACAUAGCGAUAGUGAAUGGAUAUUUUGUUCAUCAUUUUGGACCUGCAAAUCUACCUAGAGUUCCUAAAAAUGUUGUCUUUGUGAUUGACCAGAGUGGCUCCAUGAUGUUUACAAAAAUGUUCCAGACUAAGGAGGCACUUCACAAAAUUUUAGAUGAUUUAAAUACGGAGGAUAAUUUUGCAUUCAUUUCAUUUUCUUCGAGUUUUAGAAAAUGGAAGAAUUCCUUAAUCAGAGCAACUACAGCGAACGUGGUUGAAGCUCAUAAAUAUGUUAGUGAGCUUCACGCCGGUGGAGGAACGAACAUAAAUGACCCUCUGUUGGAAGCAGCAAAACUUCUGGAUGACGCUCACAAUCUGGGGCAGGUACCCGAGAGAAGCGUCUCCAUGAUCAUUCUGCUGACUGAUGGCGACCCCAAUUCGGGAGAAUCCAAUCCCACCAAGAUCCAAUCCAAUGUUAAAUAUGCCAUCAAUAACAAGUACAACUUGUACUGUCUGGGAUUUGGUUACGAUGUUAAAUACAGUUUUCUCGAAAAAAUGUCCAUAGAAAAUAGCGGCAUAGGUAAGAUAGAAGAACUGAAGAGCAAAGAUGAAGAUAAAAAAGGAGAAGCUGAAGGCCCAGCGCCAGAAGAAUUGGAGAAACGAACUGAGCAAGUGGUGGAGAAGAUGCAACAUCGUCAGAACAAGAGGCAGAGAAACCUAAAGAAAAAGAAACUGGCCAAGAUAGAGAGGAAAAAGGAUAAGGCGAGAAAGAAGGGCCGUGUUCUGCCAGAAGACAUCAAAAAAGCACAACUUUAA